CAAUUUUAUCACAGUGGCACAUAAAAGAGAGCAUAAAUUAGACCAGAAUGGACAAAUAGGAAGCAACUGUGGUUGGACUGUCAUUCGACUACCAGAAAGAAACAUUUAGUGGCAAAACUGGAUUAUGGUUAUUAUUAAAGAGAAUCUUACAAGAGUCCGUAGAAAUGCCAAUAAUUUCAGGUUCUAUGGUUGUUGUUCCUUGCUACUUACUUUUUCUUACAACCUGUUCAUGAACUCCAUGAGUUGUACUGGUCACUCUCUCUUUGCUAAUAUACCUUACCUUUUUGUUUUGUCUCUUUACAGUACUACUGCUUCUAUUCCCCUUUUCAUUCAUUGAUCUCCCAGAAUAUAUGGGUCUCUGACUACUUUAUUUUCUUCCUUCUUACUGUAACUCUCACAGUGUUUACAAGUAGCUAGUAGUUGCAAGUAGUACUCUCUUGCAAGUUUCAUUUGUUUCUUGCCUUCGCUUUAAAUCCUUCCCAUCUCUCUAGAGUACUACACUUCAGAAGAUGUUGUCAUUAAGAUUUUCUUUUUAUAGAGUUGGGUAUUAGAAAUUUCUUGUCCUUUAAAUUUUCUUUUUUUAGAUUUUGGGUCUCUAUAAAAUAUUUCAUGAGAGGAUUGUGGAGUCUAGUCAGAAAGUAGGGUUUUCAUUUCUUUUAUUUCUCUCGACAAGUCUGAAGUUUUUUUUUUUUGUGGGUGAAGAUACAAUGGGGAAGCUAACAUUUGGCAAAGUGUUGGAUUGUUUUUGUGUGUCACCUAAAGGUUCAAGCUCUUGUUUUUGUAUAAACUCUUUAGAAGCACUGGAAGAUGAUGAUUUUGAUAGAAAGCCGUUGAUUGGGAAAGAAAGAAGUCACCAGUUGAUGAAAUUGGGAGAUCUUGUUAAUGGAACACAAACUUUAGCUUCUCAACUAAAACCAAAGAUGGUGGAGCUAAGGGUUUCAAUGCAUUGUAAUGGUUGUGCAAAAAAAGUUGAAAAACACAUCUCAAAGAUGGAUGGAGUGAUAUCUUAUCAAGUGGACUUGGAAAACAAGAAGGUGGUGGUGAUAGGGCAUGUUUUUCCAUAUGAAGUGUUGGAGAGUGUAUCCAAGGUGAAGAAUGCAAAGAUAUGGACAUCUCCUUAUGUCAAUUGAUUAAGAAUUUGGAAAAAUUCAGACGAAAAAUAAGAUAAAACAAGACUACGAGGAGUAUAAUAUUGGGAUGGUCAUACCAUGUCCAAGAUGUAUGUUUAAGUUGUUUUUCUCUUCUUUUUAGUUAAGCUUAAUCAAAUAUGUGUGCAUUAAGAUCUCUGUAAGAGCAAUAUAUAUGCGUGGAGAAAGAAGCAAAUUUAUUAGUCUUCUUCUAGGAUGUAAUCUCUGUACAUAGUGCAUUUUCAUAAAAAACAUAAUGCA